AUGGUCAACGACAUGGCGAACCAAGAAUUGCUGGUCGACUUCAACAGCGGAGCGGCGAUGCGCUUCCCGUCUUUCUGGCUGCGCGACAACUGUCCAUGUCCGGCAUGUCAGCACCCGUCGACCCAUCAAAGACUCCUGGACACCUUCGCCAUCGACCCGGAGAUCAAAGUCUCCAGCAUCGAGACCACACCGGAGGGGCUUCAAGUGACAUGGCCUGGGACCGAGAGUGACGCGCACAGGAGCAUCUAUCCCUGGGAAUGGCUGUCGGGACAUCCACCAUUCAACCAGCCAAGCGCGACGCCAACUUCGAAAGGACAAGCGCCCCCCGCUUCCAACACUCAGCGGGAAUGGAUCCACGUCGCACCCAACAGUCCCAACACGACUCUCCCCCGUGUCUCCUACAACGCCAUCACAUCACCAACGUCCGCCACCGGACUGAAGCACUUCCUCUCCAACAUCCACACAUACGGACUGUGCUUCAUGCCCGACACGCCGCCCAACCCGGAAGCGACGCAAACACUGAUCGAGACCAUCUCGCACAUCCGAGCCACUCACUACGGCGGGUUCUGGGACUUCACAUCCGAAGUCAACCCAAUCGACACGGCCUACACCAACGACUACCUCCCACCACACACUGACACGACAUACUUCACGGACCCGGCGGGCUUGCAGCUCUUCCACUGCCUGUCCCACACGUCGCUCGCGGACGCGACCGUCCCCGGAAAAGGCGGCGAGAGCACAUUCGUCGACGGCUUCGCGGCGGCGUCACACCUGUACACGACCAACCCGGACCUGUACCACACACUGGCGACCUACCCAAUCCUGUCCGCCGCCCAAGGCGACCCACAGCACGGGUCGUUCUACAACGACACGACGUCGCGCCAGGGCUACCCGGUAUUCAUCCACUCGGCACCCAACGGCAGCAUCACAUCGCCGUCGCCCUCGACAUUGGUGCAGAUCCGGUGGAACAACCUCGACCGCCUGUCGCCGGCGACGCCCGUGUUCCCGAACCACACGGCCCUGAAGAAAUGGUAUGGCGCUGCCCGUGCCUGGUCGCAGAUUCUUGACUCGCCCGAAUUUCUGCUCACCGUCAAGCUGCAGCCGGGCGAACCUGUCAUCUUCGAUAAUUGGCGUGUGUUGCAUGGCCGCCUCGGCUUUGAGGGCAAACGCCGCAUCUGUGGUGCCUAUAUCGGUAUGGAUGAUUUUAGGGCCAAAUGUCGCAGUCUACAGGUCGAGUUGUAG